AUGAAACUCGCCGGAGAUGCAAUUGCAAAAUCCAUUAGUAAAUACAACGAGGAAAAGAAAGAGGAUAUUUUGGCAAACGGUUCGAAAAGUUUGGGUCGAUCCGGUAAAACGGUAUCGAGAAUUUCGUCUUCGAGUUCAGCGAGAAGAAUGAAAGCCAUCGCAGAAGUAGCCGCUGCAGAGCGGCAAGCGGAGUACGACUUGUUAAUCGCCGAGAAAGAAAUUGCAAGGAGACAGUUCGAAGCCGACGAAGAACGGAGAAAGACGGAAGCAAAGGCGAGGUACGAUCAUGAAAUCGCUGUGCUCAAGGCAAAGAAACUAACAGCUGUGGCGAACGCUAAAUUGACUGCAAUCGAACAAUCUAUUCAGCAGGAAGAGGGAAAAUCAGUUGCCCAGUCUGAUGUAGAAUUAUCUGAGGGAGAUGGGAAACUCAACAACAGUGAACGAACUAGCGCUUGGGUGUACGAUCAACGACAUGAAGCAAUUCGACACCGGAAAGGGCCAGAACAAGACGAAACAAUCCAACUAGAUCCAGACGUGAUAUUUGGUCGGAAGAGCAAAGCAGCAGACAAUUAUAUUGUACCACCGCUCAAAGACGAUUUUUUGGGAAAAAACGGAACGGAACGGGAAGCGGAAAUACUGCCGGUGCAGCAAAGUAUGGAAGCUAUCGCAGCUACAAAUCAACAACUGGCAGCUAGUUUCGUACGUCAAAGCUUACCGAAGUGUCAUCCCGAUACCUUUAGUGGUGACGUAACAAUGUUCCACCCAUGGAAGAAUUCGUUCGAGGCAAUGAUCCGUGAUGCUGAUAUUUCACCGGAACAAGAGAUAAAUUACCUGCAUAAGUAUACGAAAGGGGCACCACAGAACCUGGUCGAUAACUUUCGAAAACGUCAACACAACAAUCCACAUAAGCUGCUGAAAGAAGUAUGGGUGGAGCUCGAGAGACGUUUUGGCAACUCAGCCGCGAUUUCACACGCCUUAUUGGGACGGUUGCGAGAUGCAGCUAAAUUCGAGGAUAAAGACAAGAAGAAACUGCAGGAGUUUGCCGAUUUGUGUGCUGACGUAGACUAUCAGAUAGGACAAUUGCCUGGUUUGAGAUGUUUAAACUACGCGAAUGUUAUUCAGCCAAUCCUUCGAAAAUUACCAGCAUCUCUCCGAAACAAAUGGGAAAAGCAGGUCGUGGACUACGCUUUGGAGAACUAUGAUGCUUACCCAACCUUUCAUAUCUUUGCUACUCUGGUGGAAAGGCAGGCAAGAAUAAAAAAUCAUCCAAAUGUUGUGAUUAAGGAUGUCCAAAGAAACGAAAGGAAGAAAUCCAGUUUCGGAAACCCGUUCGAAGAGGACACAGUUCUGAAAGGAGAUGUUGAAAUGGAGAAUACUGGCAACCCAAAUCAGAAACAUUGUUCUUUCCAUGAUAGUAAAGGCCACACCCUAACUGAAUGUAAAGUCUUCGAAAAGAAAACGCUGCAAGAGAAAAUAGAAUGGCUGAAAAAGUCUGGACUCUGUUUCCGAUGUCUCGAAGAUAAACACCUCGCCAGAAACUGCAAAGCUACAAUCAAAUGUAAGAAGUGUGACAGCGAUCGCCACUUGGUAUUGCUCCACAGAGACAAGAGGGAGAACGUAGACAACAAAAAUGAUGGCGAGGAGGUUGGCGCAACCUGUACUAAAUUGUGCGAUAGCAAAAGGGGUGGACUCUCAUGCAGCAAAAUUGUUCUCAUGGACAUUUCUCUUCAAGACAAACCCGAUCAGAUCCAUAGAGUAUAUGCGUUAGUGGAUGAACAAAGUAACGCUUCGAUGAUUACUCCUGAUUUGGCAAAUAAACUGGGUAUUAACAGUAAAAAAGAAAAAUAUUUCUUAUCUACCUGCAGUGUUUCCAAAGAGGUGAAAUACGGACGCCGUGUACCUGGAGUGAUAGCAACGUCGGUGGAUGGUAAAUCGUCGAAGUUGCCCACUUUGAUCGAGUGUAACCACAUUCCACAAGAUAAAAGGGAAAUUCCAACACCUGAAUUAGUAUCGCGAUUUCCCCACCUUCAAGAACUCGCCAAAGAAAUCCCACC